AUGGCGGCUAGGGACCGCUUCGGUGUCUACGCUGAGCCAGGCGCUUCGCCGUUGCAGCGGGCAAUCCGAAAUGCCUGCGAUCCUCAAAACUAUGAGCCGAACCUAGCCCUGAACCUCGAAGUUGCGGAUCUAAUCAACUCCAAGAAAGGCAAUGCGCCCCGAGAAGCCGCUUUUGAGAUCGUUCAUCUCAUCAAUUCCCGAAAUCAGAAUGUGGCAUUAUUGGCGUUGGCGUUACUCGAUAUUGCCGUCAAGAACUGCGGAUAUCCGUUCCAUCUCCAGAUCGGCACGAAGGAAUUCUUGAAUGAAUUGGUCCGCAGGUUCCCCGAGCGACCACCCAUACGGCCCUCCAGGGUCCAGCACCGCAUUUUGGAGUCGAUCGAGGAGUGGCGCCAGACUAUCUGCCAGACAUCGCGCUAUAAGGAUGACCUAGGCUUCAUUCGGGACAUGCACCGUCUGUUGCUUUACAAGGGGUAUAUGUUCCCGGAGGUCCGCCGGGAAGAUGCUGCGGUCUUGAACCCUAGUGAUAACCUCCGCUCAGCGGAUGAGAUGGAAGAGGAAGAGAGGGAAGCACAGUCUGCCAAACUCCAGGAAUUGAUUCGGAGAGGCACUCCCUCCGAUUUGCAGGAAGCGAACCGGCUCAUGAAGGUUAUGGCAGGAUUCGACAAUCGGCACAAAACUGACUAUCGAGCGAAGGCCGCAGAGGAGGUUGUUAAGGUGCAACAAAAAGCCAAGAUUCUCGAGGAGAUGCUGCAGAAUCAACAACCCGGGGGAGCUCUCCCUGAAGGCGACGUUUUCGAGGAACUUGCGAGUGCCUUGCAAAGCGCUCACCCAAAAAUCCAGAAAAUGUGCGAAGAAGAAUCGGAUGAUCCCGAGGCCGUCCACAAGCUAUUGGAGAUAAACGACAGCAUACAUCGCACUAUCGAGCGGUAUAAGCUAGUCAAGAAGGGUGAUCUGGAUGCUGCGUCUCAGAUCCCCAAGGGUACGCUGGGCACCACGACCGGAGUCUCAAAAAAUGCAAACAACGAGCUCUCUCUUAUCGAUUUCGACCCGGAGCCUGAACCCAGCUCCAACGGCCACGAGGCCGGCCCAUCCCAGGGUGGUAACUCCUUGGAGAAUGAUCUGCUCGGCCUUUCAUUAGGUGAACGAGCUCCCUCUCCGGGAGGUGGUAUUUCUCUCGGAUCUUCCAGUAAGUACGGCGGCACAGUUUUCCCCCAAAGCACCACUGACAAUAUCAAAGUGAAUUUCCCGUCCAUGUCAGCAAGCCCAACACCGCCUGUCCCAUCACAACCUCAUCAGCAGGCGCCAACAGCUCUCAAACCUAAUUAUGAUAUCCUUGCUUCUAUGAACAGUUCGCGAUCUGUCUCUCAAUCUGCUACACCUGUGAUGGGUGUCUCGUCCAAACAACAGUCCACAGCGACACCGCCACCAGCGGCCGACCCAUUUGCAUCGCUUGUCUCUGCCAGCCCACGGGCAACAUCUAGUCCCUUCCAACCUCCGGCGCAAAGCCAACCUGCUCCGGCUUCGUCGUCAUUGCUGGACCUGGUCGGAGACACGGGUCCGUCCCGGCAACCUGCGCAGCAGGCCGCUCCAGUGGAAGAUGAUGAGUGGGAUUUCGCAUCCGCAUUGCCGGCGAGCAAUGCCCUUCCAUCGACCAAUAAGAUCCAAGUCCUGAACUCUCAGCUCCGUGUAGAUUUUGCUGCACGUCGGGUACCGAACCAGCCACGCCAGAUCCACAUUGUAGCCAUCUUCUCAAACACAACUGGCCAAAGUAUUGGAGAUCUCCAUUUCCAGGUCGCUGUGGAGAAGUCCUACACGCUACAGCUUCGGCCGCAAUCAGGCCGAGACAUUGCACCCCAGCAGCAAAAUGGGGUCCAACAGUUGAUGCUCAUAGACGGGAUCGAUAUUGGGAACGGCGACUCGGUGAAAAUUCGGUUCAAGGUCUCUUACAAGCUUGGCGGCGAGGCCCGUGAGGAACAGGGGAUGGUGCCACCGCUGGGCAUCGCCUAG